AGACAGUGAAAGUUGUGGAAGUCAAAGAAGAAGCAGUGGCAUUGGUUGAUGAUGAUUGGGUAAGUGGUGAGGUAGUACUAGUAGGAGGAGAAGGAGGUGGUUGUGGUGAUUCCAUGCCAUGUUCACCACCAAUCUCAUCAGCCCCAAAACCCAUGGUGGGAUUGCAUGAAACAGGACCAUCUCCAUUUCUGAAGAAGACCUUUCACAUGGUGGAAGACCCUGAUACUGACAUCAUCAUUUCAUGGACUGCCUCUCAAAAAAGCUUUGUAGUCUGGGGUCAUCGCCAGUUCUCUACCAAUCUCUUGCCCAAAUACUUCAAGCACAACAAUUUCUCAAGCUUUAUUCGCCAACUUAACACUUAUGGUUUUAAGAAGAUUGAUUCAGACAUAUGGGAAUUUGCCAAUGAAGCGUUUCAAGGAGGGAAAAAACAUUUGUUGAAAAACAAAAAGAGGAGAAAACAUAACCCCCAAAAUGUGCAGCAACAAGGAGUCAUGAGACCCUUUCUCAAUUCAGCCAAUUUCGGAAUCGAGACUGAGCUUGAAAAACUAAGGAAUGAUAGGAUGAAAAUGAAAAUGGAAAUCAUGAAACUGAAACAACAACAAGAGAACACAGAGAGUUACUUGGCCGCGGUUAAGGAGCGAAUAGGAAACACCGUGUAUAAGCAACAACAUAUACUGAUAUUCAUGGCCAAAGCAUUCUCAAUCCCGGCCUUGCUCCAUCAAUUCAUCCAUCUUAUGAGGCUGAAAAAAGAACUGUGCAAUGGCCAAAUCGCGAACAAACGGAGAUUGGCAGCCACCCCACAAAGCAAUGAGGACCAAGUAACCAAUAAGAAUCAGGAGCAAGUGGAAAGACUAUUCUCUGCUUCGUUGGACGUUGAAAGUAGUCCGAGUCAGGACCAAAAGAUUAAUGCGGCUCCUGGACCAAUGAGUCCGAAUUUGAGCUCUGAGAAUUGUAUCUUGUGGGAGAAACUAUUGGAGGAUGAAUUGAUUUAUGAGAAUGGAUCAGCUCAAGUUGAAGCAGAGUUGGUCCAACACCAAUCCAAGAUUGUUCUUCAAUUGGAGAAUUUAAUAGCCAAGCCACCAGAUUGGGCUUUUUAUGUGAAGGACUUGGGGGAGCAAGUGAGCUGUCUUGAAUCAAAGUAG